AUGAAGCUCAACCAGCUGGCUCUUCUUGGCCUCGUUGCUCUGGCAGCAUCGGUUCCUCUUGCUACAGAGGAUAGCCGUGGUGAGAUUAUCAAAGGAUCCUCUUUACUGGGCAGAAAUGGGCCACGAGAUCUGUCUACUAGAGUCAUGGUUCCCAAGCUUAACGCUCGGGAUAUCAACCUGAUUACGCGCGAUGAAGCCGCUCUAGAUGGUGGUAAGGAUAGUAAAGGUGGUAAAGGAGAUCAACGUGGCAAGAAGGGCAAAGAGGGUGAGGAGAGUGAAGGAGGCGAAGAAGAGGAAGAGGAAGAAGACGAGGAGGAAGACGAGGAGGAAGACGAGGAAGAAGGUGAGGAGGGAAAGGAAGGAGGGGAGGGCCUUGGGCAAGGCGGCCAGCACGGGCAUGAAGGCCAUUGA